AUGCAGUUUCCUUCAAUGAGAAUCAUUCUUACCUGCUUUCUCAUCAAGGGUCUGGUGGCCUCGCCUCUUUCCGUACGGAACUCUAGCGAGGAGCUGUUUGCCAACGACUACCUCGAGCUCUGGAACGAAGAUGCCAAAUUCUCCACCGGCAAGCUUACCUACUACGGACCUUCGGGUAGCACUCUAAAGGCAGCUCGAGCUGUUGAGUCAGAACCAGCCCUGAUCGAGGGGCGUGCUAGCUGUGGUACAACCGUGGCUCCUAGCUGCUAUGAGAGCCAUUCAGCGCGCAACGACGUCUGCGACAAGCUAGUGACUGAGCUCCAAGGCGACUCCCAGGUUUCCAUCCCACAGGCACCUCGCCAGAUCUGUUAUGAAGGCAAUUCCGAGUCCAAUUCGUACUGUUGUGUUUCUUGGCACAAUCCAGUGCCCGGCCUUAUCAAAGGUGACUUGGCUACCUAUGCAUAUAACAGUAAGCAUUCAAUUCCAGUCACAGGUAAAUCCGUCAUGCUGAUUUGUUUUAGUCCUUUCAGCGUGUACUGA